AUGCCGCCUAACGGUCUCUACCGCAUGCCGCAGCAUCACCUGACUGGUCAAGGCGCCUCAAUGAAGCGUCCGUCUUACAACAGCAUGGACUUCAAAGAGGACGAGGAGCCGGCACCUAUCAAAACCAACGAUGGUGCGACGGAUGAAGUUGCCGAGGAAGAGAAAGCUAAGAAGAAGCAAGAGAAGGCCGAGAGGAAGGAAGCCAGGAGACUGAAGAGGCUGUCCAAAGAAGCUAAAGCUACCAAGGAGCCCGAGAAGGUAGAAGGGAAGCAAAACACACCACCAGUCGAUGCGACACCUACUGUCAAGCUUGCUGCGACUCCUCUCAAGAAUGGGAAAUAUGGUCCACGCGGUCCGUACAAGAAGAGGGAGGUUGGACCCGACGGCACACCAGUUUCUGCUGCGAAGAAGCGCAAGCGAGAGAGCGAGGCCGCAGUCGCUAUACCAGCUAUCGUACCUACGGAGUCACCCAAGAAGAAGCCCGGACGGCCAAAGGCUUCGGACAAGAAGGAUACUGUUGAGUCUAACAAGACGGCGAAGAAGGUCGUCAAGUCUGGCGAGAGCAAGGCUAAGAAGCAGAAACUGGAGAAAGCGCCUGCUGCCUCUGAUUUGCAGAAGAGUUCCAACGUCAUCAAGACCCCGGUACCAGCGCCCUCCGUCGCAGCGGCUCUGUCUUCUCGUCCGAGGCAGACUCCAGUUCCGCUGCCUCACAAGACAGCCGUCCCGCUUCCUCGAAAGACACCUGUCCCGCUUCCUCAGAAGACACCGGUUCCACUUCCUCAGAAGUCUCCCCAUACUCUGAAGGACGGCGUCAGUAAGUCAUCGGCUAAGGCGGCCAAGGCGACCAAGGCCGCUUCCGCUCAGUCUGAAGUCCUUGUCACCGAGACUCCUCUUUCGCAGAUGAGCCGCACUCCUGCAACCACUCCUCGUGUGUCAGCGAUUCCUUUCAGCCUUGCACCGGCACAGUCGUCAGCAGCGACCACAACCAAGAAAACCGAGGAAGCACCUACUGCCGACGAAUCGUCUCCCGAUAUCCCUCUCAUGACUAUCGCAAGACUUGCCAAAGCCGACAAGCACGUGGUCGGUAGCCAAGGCUCCGUCAACCCACUCACUAACAGCCAAAUCGAGAGCUUCACCUCUGCGAACCUCAUGAACUUCAAAGAGCCCCUAAACGACGCCCCCAAACCACGCCCCCGAGGUCGUCGCGCUGUCAGCGAAGCAACCAGCACCACGUCGAGCACCUCUUCCUCCACAACCCAAAGUGUUCUGGACAUGUAUCUGCGCCCUAACAAGCCAUACACUCGGCCCGACGAGGAGCUCUCGUCCUUCAGCAAGAAGAAGAAGCAUGUUGAGAAGCACACCGAAGCCAGCUUUGACGUUUUCACUACUGCCUUCACCACUUCCCAGCGUACCAUCAACUUCACCGAGGAAGCCGAGUACAUGGAAGAGUAUGACGACUGGCUCUACGACAGCAAAGAAGUAGGUCCCCUUCCUUGCCUACCCCAGUUGACAGGCUGCUCCCCCAAGAGCGAACAGCUGCUACAACUGCAACGCUCCGAUGACACCAACACUGCCGCGCUCAAGGUGGUCGUCACAAACGCAUUGCAAGUGGAAAAGGCCAACGCCGACAUCAAGCGCGCCGAGACUGCAUCUACCUUCUUCCGCUACAGCAUCUUGACCCGUGUCCCCAUGCCUCUUGGUGCGAUUGAAGGAUCCUGGAAGCUGUACUGCCCCAUGUACACCGAGACCCACAUCGACAACCACGGUUUCGGCCAGCGCACUCUCAGGGUUUCCUCCAUUAUUGGUCUGAGCGCCGCAUUCGGUGCCCAUAGUGCCAGUCUCAGUAUUCCAUCUCGUUCCUCGCCGUAUGCCACUCACGCGUUCCAUGCUCCCCCUCACGCAUCUUUCCGCAUUGUCCAGGCCAAGACAGUUGUCGGCAAACACAACAUAGACAUCAUGUUUCUAGGGAAUGGAUACUUGAAGCUCAGGGUUGACAUGCACCUUUUGACUACGGGUAAGACGGUUGCGGAGAAGAAGGCGGCCAAGAAGGGUAAGCAGGCUAAGAUCAAGGCGGGACAGGGUAUCUGGGAGUUCCUUGGUGUGCACGAGAAGGCAGUCGAUUGGGAGCCCGAGGUCGAUGACGUGGAGAAGGAGGGCAGGAGGCUGACUGCAAAGUAUGAUGGGCGCUAA